AUGUCCAGCGCUUACUCGGCCGCUUUAAUUUCUCAAAAGAAAUUCCUAAAAGACCUCCGAACCCUGCAAUUCCAUCUACGCUGUCUAGAAGAUGCUCGUGUGGGCGCCUACAAUGAUGGCGAACAGGAGUUCACUUAUAUUGGCAUGCUGACUGACAAGAUUGGCGCCUACUGUAAGAUGUCCUCCCUGGACGAGGAUUCCGAGAAGAUGGACCUAGCUCUGCAGGAGUGCACCAUGUUGGAGCUGGCCAGCACCUACGUCACCUACCUCCAGUUGGAGUAUGUUAACACAGCUCUAAAGUCUGCUCGCCUAACCGACGAAAAUGAGUGGCACAUCAAGGAGAAUAAAAUUUUCAAGUCGCGCAUUCAGAAUUUACAGGAGAAAAUCGCAGGAGCCGACCAGGACAUGCAACGUUACCUCCUCCUCUGUCAGAUCAGACAGAGUGACAUGACCAAGGGUGACUUGGUCAUGGUCAGUAAUUCCGUCGAGGGCAACUUGGCUAUUGAUAACAACAUUCUCUCUGUACUCUCCGUCUCCCUGAAGGCCUUCUAUCCACUGGCUCUGAAGUAUGUGAAUGCUGGUCGCUACGAUCCGGCCACCUCCCUCUGCAAGAAGAGUCAGAAUGGAAAACUGUCGAAUGCUGAUCAGGCGCUGAUUGAAUACAUUCUCGGCGAAAGUACCCUCAGACAGAGACAGGCGGAGGAGUCCUGUAAGCACUUCGAAAACGCUCUUGCCUUAAUGUCAAAGGCGCAGGGUGCCGAGCACAUCUGUUUGGUUCCCCUACUGCGCGGCCACGGCAAGGCUCUACGCCUGCUGCAGAACUACGAGGAAGCCAUUGGGCAGUUCAAAAAGGCCUUAACCAUCAAAAUGACCGCGGAUAAUGCCGAGGGUCCAGUCACCUGGGCCAUCAGAACGGACGUGGCUAGCUGCUGGCUGAAACUGGGCAAGGUAGAUGAGGCCUCAAACCUGCUCAUUGCUUGCCUCGAACAGGCUUCAAAAGUACUUCACGCCUGUGAUAACAUCGUCCUUCUGAUGAAGAAUUACAUUGCAAGAUGCUAUUUGCAACUGAAACAGGAGAAGGAGGCCAUGAUGAUAAUUAAGGUGCUACUAGCGGAGGCCUUCACCCACGAGGGCUAUCCGGCCAUCUCUGAAGUGUUGAGGCAUCCCGAUACUUAUCAGGUCAGCGAUGGUGAAAGCCUGGUAGGCGUAUGUCAGCAGACCAACAGUCUCCUGGAACUGUUCACCUACCAGACACUGAUUAAGAUCUACAGAAUAACUGGUAACGAAUUUGCCGCAGAUCUGCUUGAUCAAUAUGUCCACAUACACUCGGUCCACUAUGAAAUUCAGUAA